AUGACAGAUAUUAUUGAAACUCAACAACAACAACAACAACAAAAGGAAAUACCAACUGUUGCCAUAGAGUCAGAGAUGAUUAGCGAUCAAAAGAAUAUUAGUCCAGCCAAAUCGUUGACCGACAGUUUCAAUGGUCAUGGUAGUCCGAAACUUCCUAGAAAGUCGACAAUCAGCGUUGGAAAUCACAAGAGAUCACCGACACAGACAAUCAGUUUUUCAAGUUCUUCAUCUUCACCCUCCUCCUCACCAACAACAGGUGGUUACUUUUCCAAAAGUUCACCGAAUCUCGAGCAUUAUAGAAAAGCAAAUGAUCUACCAAUAAUCCAAAAGACAGAUCACUCUAUAAAUCCAUUAAUUCCAGAUUUAAAUGUACUGAAUGGAAGCAAUGGAAGUAUAAAUGAUGACAGUAUAUGUUAUCUUAAAUUACAACUUUCAACAACAACAACUACAACUACAACAAGAGAAGAUUCCGAUUCAGAAGAGGAUAACAAUAGAUUAUUGGUAGAAAAUAACAACAACAAGAAUAGACAUAAUAUUAUUACACCACCACCCUCACCAACAACCUCUCCAAAGUAUUCACCAAUUCCACUGGUUAUUACUCCUUCCAGUCCCGGGACUUCAAAUCCCGAUGAGCUCAAUAUGAAUCUCGUCCAGUUGUUGGCAUGUUUUCCAGAUCCUCCCACAGUUAUUCCUUUGCAUUUCUCAGGUGCCAAACGAAGAGACACUGUUUUUGCAAUGGUUUCACAACCGUUACUGACCGGUAGCUCCAAUAGUCUACUGAACAGUCUCAACACCAGCAACAACAACCUAUCGAUUCUAUUAAACAAUAGCAGCACCGUUAGUUUAGGAUCAAAAGAUCUCGAUGGUGCCAGUAUUCUCAAAGACUCUAGUAACAGCAGUUUCAGCAGUAAUUCUGAAGCCGACAAUUUCAUAAGCGAUACCACACAAUCAUCACCAUCAAUCAACUUAACACCAAUCACCAUCACUGAACCAUCGAUUAAUAUUAAUAAUGACAACAACGAGAAUAUUGUUACCUUAAGUGGUAAUGACUCUCCAAUUGAAAAUCAACAAGAAGUAAAAGUAGAUGAAAAGGAAGAACAACCAGAAAAAGUGGAAAAAGAAGAAGAAUCAAUUAAAGUUGAUCAAGAAGAAAUAUUGGAAGUAAAAGAAGAAAAAGAAGCUAUUGUAAAUGAAGAAAAAGAGUCGAAUAUCAUAACAACAUCAACUACAACAACUACAACAACUACAACAAUAACAGAAAAGAAUAUAGAAUCUCAAUCAAAUUCAACACCUCUAUCUACACCAACUAAAGAAUUAAAUAUAUCUAUUUCACCGGAUAGUAGAGCAUCAUUAUCAAUACCUAAAUUCGUACCACCACCUUCGCCAAACAGUGCAUACACACCACCGACAAGAUCCAGUAACUACAGUUCGAUUUGUAUAACAUCUUCACCACACGGUAGAACCUACUCGGUUUCACAGAAACCACUGUCACCAAACUCACAAACAGCUACUCCACCACUGUGGGAGGUGAAUCUUAAUCAACUCACUACAGAGGUGCGUGAAUUCAACGAUCUGAGUGCAUCGAGUAACUCACCCAACUACGAACUACUCCUCAAAGGCUGUCGAAACGAGCUGAAUACACAGGAUCAGAAUCGUCUGAUUGUGCGUUUGCUGGAGAUCAACACUGCCGACUCUAUCAAGAUGUUGGAUCGUGCCAAUGAAGCACUCAAUAACCAGGCCACUGCUCAGACCGCCAAAAAGUCGUUGUUCUCCGCCAUGAAGUCGGCCGUCAAGGAAACCAGAUUCCUCAAGCUCUCCAAGGUGAUCAUGUAUUUCGGUAUUGCUAAUCUACCUAUACAAAUCAACCAGGUGGUUACCGAUGAAAUCACAUUGACUUGCUUUUCAAGUAAAGCCAAGUACAAAGUUUCACUCGGUCCACCAUCUUCCACUCACACAUUGACCUGCUCUCAGAAUGCAACUGGCAAACUGAAAAAGAAAGACAGUCUGACCAUUGGAUUCAAAUUGAUAUUGAAGGCAACCGUUAGAUUGCGCCGACUGAUAACCAUCGAUAUUGAGAAUGGCGGUCGUCACUAUGUUUUGAUACAGGUCGAGAGUAGCAAGACUGCAUUUGGCGAGUCGCUUGACACCACUGAGAUGACCGAGGACAACAGCUUCACCGUGCCGUUGGCGUUGGUCAAUUUGAAGAGUGCGCUCAUCUCUAUGGGUGGAUUGGACGAAGUACAUAUCUUUAGAAUUGCACCGAGCUCAAACGAAAGAGAGUUGAUCGCAGUCAAGGAGAUGGUCAAUAAACAACCGAUCAAGUGCAGCGAUGUAAAUAUUAUUUCAACUCUGAUAAAGGCUUGGUUCAGAGAACUGAGUCAACCACUGCUCUACAUGAUACCGGUUCAGAAUUUCCUGAACUAUGCAACUCAGCAAGAUGGAAUUUCAAUGUUGAAUUCACUACAGUCAUCACCUACACAGGCAAAUAUAUUCCUAUGGCUGAUCGAUUUACUCUCAUUGAUAUCUUCAAAUGCCAACAAAAACAAAAUGACAAUUAAAUCAUUAGCUGUUGUAUUUGCACCAAAUCUUUAUAUCCCACCAAAUACACUUACUCCUCAAGAAUCAUUGUUGGCUUCAAACAAAAUUGUUUCAUUUAUAGAAGAUUGUAUCAUUUUAAUGAAAAAUAAACAACUCUUCCAACUUAACAAUUUGUUUUAG